AAAAAACUAACCCCUAUUCUCUAAAUUGGGAAGAAAAAUAAAAAGAAAAAUUAAAGAAGUUGUUAAAGAACAAAUAGAAAAAUGACCCGAGCAUCCAAGAGAAAAUCAGAUCAUCAAAGCUCUGCAUCUGUCAAAAAUGCCCGCAUGGAUUUUGUUCGUUCUGCAUCGAGUAAAGCUACAACAAAGGUGCAGGAACGUAUUGAUGAACUUUACACCAAAUAUGCUAAUAAAUUGUCAAGCAUGAUUGACCCAGAAGGGAUUGAGGCACUAUGCUCUGAUUUAGAGGUGGAUUAUACGGAUGUCAGGAUUUUGAUGCUUGCGUGGAAAAUGAACGCUCAAAAGCAGGGAUAUUUUACUCAGGAUGAGUGGCGAAGAGGCUUGAAAGCCCUUCGAGUUGAUACUGUUAAUAAAUUGAAGAAAACAUUGCCAGAAUUGGAGGAAGAGGUCCUGAAAUCAGAGAACUUUGAGGACUUUUAUAAAUUUGCUUUCCGUUACUGCUUAACAGAAGAGAAGCAAAAGUGCCUAGACAUUGAGAGCGCCUGCAUAUUAAUAGAGCUGGUUUUGGGGUUCCAAUAUCAGCCCCAGGUCGAUUCAUUCAUUGCAUUUCUUAAGACCCAGAGUGACUACAAGGUAUUGAACAUGGAUCAGUGGACAAACUUCCUACGAUUUUGCCAAGAGAUAAGCUUUCCAGACCUUCAGAAUUAUGAUACCUGUGAAGCUUGGCCUUUGCUUCUCGAUAAUUUCGUUGAUUGGAUGAAACAGAAAGCAAAUGUGAUCCCUGAUUGAGCCUGGAAAUGCUUGAUCAAUUUUGUAUAAGGUAAUCCCGAAGCUUGAGCUUCCCUUUCCUGUAUGCACCCAAAACUUGAUGUUUAGAGAAAAAGGGUGGAGGAGUGUUCACUUGUUGAUUCACUGUAAAUCAGUUUCUUGCAACAACAUAUAUCGGUUGCAGGUGAUCCAGAAUCCUAAAUGCUCAACCAGCAUACUUGAAUAGAGUGUACUUUGCAGGCCAUCUGUAUGAUUUUUUAUUACUUCAAACAUGUUCACUUUUUUCAUCUUUGGCUUCUUAGUUUUUGUAUUUUAUUCAUCAACUGGUGGCAGCAGAUAAACAUCGCUUAUCAUUUUUUUUUAU